AUGAAGCCAGAACAAGCUUUCGCCGAUUCGUGGAUCUACUGGCACCGCUUCGGCGGAAUGCAUUCGAGAAUCUUUUCCGAGGCGGCACAUGGCUUCAUGGCUGCGAUAGGAAUUUUCCGUCAGUGUUGA